AUGUUAAUAUCCACCGCUUUCAAGAUCUUUUUGGUUAUACAAUGUUCAAUACAAAGAUACCAUGUGGCCGAUGCUUUUGCUCAAGAAGAUGAAGCAGAUUAUAUAAAUAAUUUCGCGACACUCAUAAAAGAUUCUUAUUCGGCACCGCUUCCUCGUGAUUUGAAAUCGACAUGUAAAAGUCAAUAUCAAGCGGGCGUCUCCACUGUGAAAUCCAUUACAAAUUCUAUGUUCUCAUCUGAUCUUCAAGUCUUCUGUGGCACAGAUAGCAUAUGUACCAUACCAACUGGUUUUACAGUCACCAUGAAUAGUAAUUUGAGUCUUGCUGCUCUUGUUAUACAUGGUUCGCUCGUUUGGAAUGACAUGAGCCAAUCUUCAAGUGACCAAUGGUUAUGUGCUGGUUAUAUUGCUGUAGAUGGAGGUCAAUUCAAUAUGAAUCUAACAACUAAGCAAGGCUAUAUUUAUAUGAAAAAUAAUGGUCUGAAACAUUCGACAAUUCAAACGCGUGCUUUCGGUGCUUUCAACGCGGGAAAAAUACAUGUCAGUGGUCGUCCGCUUGCUCGGACUUGGUCUUUACUUUCGGAGAAAGCUGUAUACGGUAUGACUUACAUCCGUCUCUUACACAAACCCGAAGAUAUGGGUUGGAGAAUUGGCGAUCGAAUUGUGAUUGCUCCGACAACAGACGGUUCCAAAGGUGACGCAGAAGAAUAUACUAUUGGAGGAUUCCAAACUGGCAAUACCAUAAAAUUAAUGGAUAGAGAUGGAACGGCUACAGGAAUUAUAUCGUCAUUUUUUCAAUCGAAAACGUUAUAUACCGGCGAAAAUAUGUCGGCACUCAUGCAAGCAGAAGUGAUCAAUCUAGCUCGAAAUAUUAUUAUUACUGGCGACGAUUUUCAGCAUGUUAAUUGUGUAAACGACGUUGCCAACGGUAAACCACCUGAUCAUAUUCAAGCCGAUCAUUGUUCGUGUUGGGAUAGUAUUAGACGAACUCAAUGUACUGUCGGCUUACAUACGGCUGCACUUGGAUCCGGUUCAGUAUUAUCUCUACAACACACACGAAUUGAAAAAUGUGGCCAACGUGGUAUCCUGGGAAAAUAUUGCGUACAUUUACAUCUGCUGAAGAGCUGUCCCGAAUGCAAAAUCAUCGGCAAUGCUUUUGAAUAUGGUCAACAGCGAGGUACGGCUAUUCAUGGAACACAUCUAGCAACUGUUGAAAACAAUGUCUACAAUGAUAUCCGAGGCGCAACGAUAUAUGUUGAAGAUGGAAAUGAAAUGUAUAAUCGAAUUCUUUAUAAUGUGGGAAUAUGUCCGUGGGCAAAGCCGGGCGAAAAGAAAGGAUGUGCUGUACCAGGUACGGACAAUGGUCAAGCUGACACAACGCUGAAUCAAGCAGGUAUAUGGGGCUUGGGUUUUACCAAUUAUGUGAUCGGAAAUCGUUUUGCCAAUAAUUAUAAUGGCAUGCUCUACCAAGAGCAAGGUUUUCCGAACGGACGUGGUCAUGUCGAUGGAUUGGAAUGUCCUAGUUUUCAACAUUUGGGCAGAUUGGANGUGAUGUUGUUUAUUGUGUUUGCAGAAGCGAGCGUUUCCUAUCAGCAUCUACGUGUUCGAAGAUUAGAGGAAGCUGUCGAAGGACUUGAUCGAUGGGUUCCUGGUUUGAUGACCUAUGUGAAAAAAGCGAAAGAAGACUGCAAUCGAAGUUCAUCACUACUGACACACGAUGAAUCAGCAGCAAUUUAUCUCUAUUCUAUGCCAAUACCAUUCUUUUCAACGCUAAAUGCUACACUUCGAAACAAAAAUCGAGAUGCAUUGAAACCAUGGUUUGGAUACUUGAAACUGUUCAUAACGGCUCUAGAGAAAUUACCCUACGUAAACACCGUUGUUUGGCGCGGGGUAUCCGGUGACAUCGGUUCCGAUUUUGUCGACGGUUCGACGGAGACUUGGUGGAGUGUUAAUUCAUGUUCAACAGAUCUAAACGUUGUUGAAUUAUAUUUAGGCAAGACUGGUACAGUGUUCGCCAUUGCUGUAGUGAACGGAAAAGAUAUUUCCAACUAUUCAGCUUUCAAAGAAGAACACGAAGUCGUUCUUUUGCCAGGGAGCGCUCUGCUCAUCAAAAGCAAACCACUCAGUUUUGAAGAGCGUCUCUUUAUUGUUCACUUGGAAGAAAAAUCAGGCAAAUCUGGACAAGCAUCGAAUCAUGCUGCGGCUGGUAACCAGAUUCGAUCUGAUAAUUCGAACAAGGCUCAGCCAUUAAGCUACAAGGAGCUUGAUUUUCCAUUGCAUCGUUCUUUGGAUUUGUCAUCAGUUCGAAAUAAACCAUGGAAAUUUCGAUCGUUGCGCGACUUCUGGGGUUAUAACGAGCUAGAAAUUAUAAGCGCCAAUGACGAAAUUUUACUCCUUUAUGGUGAUAAACAAUUUUUUCUGCUAGACGACAACCUCAAAACUGUCAGUACAUUAAAAGAUAAUAUCCUUUCAUCGCUCAAAAUUUUGGACAUAGCUUGGUCAUCACUGCUUUGCCGAUUCAUUGCCGUUACAGAGAAAAAUGUUUAUAUAUUCGAUCCAAAGACUUGCAAGCUAUCUUGCGUUGAAAAUGUCCAACUGGAACGGGAUGAAAAGAAAUUCAUCUCUUGUACAUGCACGGGUAACGCACUUUUUAUAAGUACAGUCAACGACGGCUACCCCUUCCACGUUGACCAAUACAAUCUACCAGAUUUUACCUUCUUCCGACAGUAUACUGUUUCAGACCUGAUAGAAGCUAAACUGUCGUUAACAGGAGACAAGCUUAGUAAUAAGAAUGCCAGCAAACUUAAAACAGAUAGACGUGAAAUAUCCACUAUACGUGCUAACAGAGGAAGACUCGCCGUGAUUAUGAAGAUUGAAUACAAACAUUAUUUAUAUGUGGUAAAUAUGACAAAAAAACCAUUUGAAGCUGGCAUGACGUCCUUACCAUCAUCUGGUUGUAAAAUAAAUCGAAUUGCAUCGACUGGCGAAUGGCUUAUGGUGUGCGAUGAUUACAACAACAAUAUUAUGCAGAUUUCUCUUGAUCGCGAAUUUAAAACAGAAUAUGAAGCCAAAGAGGAGUAUAGCUACGAUAAAGUAAAAGUUGCACUCAUGUUUGGGUCAUCGUCUGUUGUAAUCGUUCGCGGCGAUAAUCUCGAAAUGUAUCAAGUAUAA